AUGGCAGCUUUUGGACACACGUUCCCCUUCUACACCGGCCCCAAGCCCACCUUCCCCAUAGACUCCACGCUGGCCGUCAUCAUCACCAUCUUCCUGACCGCACUGCUCACCUUCAUCAUCAUCCUGCCUGGCAUUCGAGGCAAGACGAGGCUGUUCUGGCUACUACGGGUGGUGACCAGCUUAUUCAUCGGGGCUGUGGUCCUGGCUGUGAAUUUCAGUUCCGAGUGGUCCGUGGGCCAGAUCAGCGCCAAUACAACAUACAAAGCCUUUAGCUCCCAGCGGAUCCACGCCCAUGUGGGGCUGCAGGUCGGCUUGGGAGGAGUCAACAUCACACUCACAGGAACCCCAGUGCAGCAGCUGAAUGAGACCAUCAAUUACAAUGAGGAGUUCACCUGGCACCUAGGCCAGAACUAUGAGGAGGCGUAUUCAAGGGCCCUAGUGAAGGGGCUGCCAGACCCUGUGCUCUACCUGGCUGAGAAGUUCACCCCUCAAAGCCCGUGUGGCCUCCACCACUUGUACCGCCUUGCAGGACACUAUGCCUCAGCCAUGUUGUGGGUGGCAUUCCUGUGCUGGCUGCUGACCAACGUGAUGCUGUCCAUGCCCGUGCUGGUGUACGGGGGCCACAUGUUGCUGGCCACAGGCAUCUUCCAGCUGCUCGCUCUGCUGCUCUUCUCCUCGGCCACAUCCCUCAUCCCACCCUGCCCCCUGCGCCUGGGCACUGCAGAGCUGCACAUGCGCCGUGGGCCUGCCUUCUGGAUCACCCUGGCCACAGGACUGCUUUGCGUGUUGCUGGGCCUGGCCAUGGCGGUGGCCCACAGGCUGCAGCCCCACAGGCUGAAGGCUUUCUUCAACCAGAGUGCACAGGAGGACCCCAUGCUGGAGUGGAGCCCCGAGGAAGGGGGACUCCUGAACCCCCGCUACCGGUCCACAGCGGAGGCAAGCCCCGAGCCCCAGGACAUCGCACUGUCUGAAGCCUGCUCUGAAAUCUGCUGUAGGGAAGAGUGCCCUGGUGAACCUGACUGUGCCCUCUGAUGUCCUCCUCCCCACCUGAACUUCCCAUCUGGCUGAGGAUCUCACUGAAGCCCUGUGAAGCUGCCAGA